AUGUUUGUUUUAGACAAAAAAAUGGACAAUGCACGUGAUGCACUAAUUGAGUCGUGGCUGGCUGAAGUUGAUGUCGGAAAUCAUGUUUAUGAAGCUGAAUCGAGCUCCGACGAAGAAGUUGAUAAUUUAGAAGAGGAAGAUCAUCAUCAAUCGGAAUCUAAGCAAGAGCAAGACAUACCAGGUGAUGGAUCUGACGAAAGUUCUGAAGAAGAUAAUCCACCUCAGAAAUGCCGCCGACGCACGGACUUUUACAAGGGAGUAGAUGAUACAUUAUGGUCGAAAACAGUUCCCCUAAAUAGAGGUAGAAUACGAAGUCAUAAUAUAGUGUUUGUACCCCCAGUGCCGAAAGGAACAGCUCGCCAAAAAACAACCCUAGAAGACUGCAUGUCACUGUUUUUUGAUGAUCAUAUCAUCCACCUCAUUACAAAAUAUACUAAUAAUAAAAUUGAUUAUAUCAAGGAGAAAUAUAGAAGAUAA